UCAUCCCUUUAAAGGAUGCUAAAACAAGACAAUCAGAGAGACAGAGAGAAUUUUACAAGAGAAACAUAAUUUGUACGAUAUAAUUUAUAAUUAUCAAACAUGGAAUUCACAAAGAAUAAUUUGUUUUUGUUUGUUAUGUUUGUUCUAGUUCUUAGCAUAGAGGCACACAUUGGGGAGUUUGAUGAAGUGUGGCGGAAGCGAGCCCAGCAAGCAAAGAAGGCCGCUCGCCAUGCCUAUCAUCCUAAUCCUAAGAUUGUAGCCGAUCAUCUUAACAACCAAGUUGACAAGGCCGUACGAGGCAGCAAUAGCAGAAGAAGGGACCUGCACAGGUACAAUGGUCAAUGCAAGGCGACGAAUCCAAUUGACCAGUGCUGGCGAUGCGAUCCAAAUUGGGCUCGAAACCGCAUGAAACUAGCAGAUUGCGUCCUUGGUUUUGGCCGCAAGACAACCGGAGGCAAAGGUGGAAAAAUCUACGUAGUAACUGACAAUUCGGACAACGAUUUAGUAAAUCCCAAGCCAGGAACUUUACGCCACGCCGUGAUCCAGCCGCAGCCACUUUGGAUUAUAUUUGCCAAGAACAUGGUAAUUAGGUUAAACGAGGAGCUAAUCAUGACCAGCAACAAGACAAUUGACGCCCGAGGAAAGCAAGUGCACAUUGCUCAUGGUGGUGGCCUUAUGUUACAGUUCAUACACAAUGUCAUAAUUAGUAACCUUCGAAUUCAUGAUACUAAGGCUGGUAAUGGUGGCCUAAUUAGAGACUCCGUCAAUCAUUAUGGUUAUCGAACGAAAAGUGAUGGUGAUGGUAUUUCAAUCUUUGGAUCCACAAAUGUUUGGAUUGACCACGUCUCCAUGUCCAAUUGUCAAGAUGGUCUCAUUGAUGCUGUUGAGGCUUCGACAGCCAUUACCAUUUCCAACUGCCAUUUCACUAAACAUAAUGAAGUCAUGUUGUUUGGAGCCAGUGAUAGUUCCUCAAGGGACUCUAUUAUGCAAAUAACACUUGCUUUCAAUCACUUUGGACAAGGGUUGAGGCAGAGGAUGCCAAGAGUGAGAUGGGGAUUUGUUCAUGCUGUCAACAACGAUUACACACACUGGCUAAUGUAUGCCAUUGGAGGAAGCAUGCAUCCUACCAUCCUUAGCCAGGGAAAUCGCUUCAUCGCUCCCCCUAAUCCAAACGCCAAAGAGGUGACCAAAAGGGAUUAUGCACCUGAGAGCGUGUGGAAGAACUGGGUAUGGAAAUCACAGGGAGAUCUUAUGAUGAACGGGGCGUUCUUUGUAGAAUCUGGAAAUCCAAAUCAUGCAUUCUUGAGGAGUCCUGAUAUGAUCAGCUCCAAGCCAGGAUCAUUUGUGAGCAGCCUGACACGAUUUUCAGGCUCUCUAAACUGCAUUGAGGGGAAGCCUUGUUAAAGCAUUUCAACCUCAAUAAAUAAGCGCAAAAAAUAGUAGUAGCUGAAAAUUGUAGGAGUUAGUCGAUCAGCUCCCUUUCUCCUCUUAUUUACCAAGCUGGUAAUCGAUGGAGGAGAAUGAGUGUGAGUAUAUUUGGGAAAGUUUUCAUGUUCUGGUAUUGUACACAGGUUUCUGAAAGUUUUUCAGAUAAUUUUGUUUUUUUCAUGUAUUAAUGUAGUAGUAAAUUAUUAAAUAAACACGUUUUUACUAGUUACA